AGCAGUUCCGGCCUAGGCUCUUUGGACCGGACCGCGGGCUUCGGCUUGUAAUCGUCUGCCAUGCUCCGCCAAGCGCGGCGGCGACCCGGCUACGGCCCCCAGCUCUGCGCCGCCGCCGCCGCUCUCAUCCUCCUCUUCCUCUCCCUCUCCGUCCUCUACUCCCGUCUCUCUUCCUCCCCCUCUUCCUCCUCAGGCUUCUCGCUCCGCCUUGGGCUCCCCACUGGCCAAACCCACUCCGAACGAGACGCAUCGGCCCUGUUCGAAGACGCUAACUUAGAUGACAUCGACGAGAAUACCGCCACCGAUGACGAUCGGAUCGACGAGCUCGACGUCGUCGAGGAAGAGGCGGGUGAUUCCAUACCCCAGCAGGAUCCUGGCUCUGGGCUUUUCUGGGACCACGCCCUUGGCGUCGCCAGGAUGCAGUUCGGCAGGCCCGAUCGCGAUGGAGAAGCCCAUCGUUUGCUCUCGUUUCCCAAAGAGCAUCCUUACAGGGGCAAAAUCGCGUUCGGAUCGGACGACCAGCCCGUUGACGAGGACAUCCGGCUGAAGUUAGACUCGAUCCGGAAAGUGGAGGAUGCCCUUCUGCUCAAAGUGGGUUCCGGCGACUCGCCGCUGCGGAAGGGGUGGUCACAGUGGCUGGAGGGGAAGGGUGACUACCUUCGGCGGGAUCGGAUGCUCAGGUCGAACCUCGAUCUGUUGAAUCCCAAGAGCCAUCCUUUGCUUCAGGAUCCAGACGGACCCGGGCUGACUAUACUGACCAAAGGGGAUCGACUGGUGCAAAGGGUGCUCUUGAAGGAGUUGGAGAAUUCUCCUUUCCGUUUAGGUGGUGGUGGUGGUGGUGGUGCUGAGGCUAAAAGAACUGAGGCAAGACAAGCUAUGGAAGCAGAGGAAAAGAAGAGGGAAGUUGGAGCUUUGGAAGGACGAAAAAUGGUAACUAUGCUGAAGGAGGGUCGAGUGCAUGCUGAUGGUCAGCGAUGGGCUUACUUUCCUGGCCUAGAUGCUCGCCUGAGAUUCUCUGACUUCAUGGAUCAGUUUCUUUAUAGUGGCAAAUGCAGGAUGAGAGUUUUCAUGGUGUGGAACAGUCCACCAUGGACUUAUGGCAUCCGGCAUCGACGGGGCCUGGAGAGUCUUUUGCAUCAUCAUUUUGAUGCUUGUGUGGUUGUUUUCUCAGAGACAGUGGAGCUUGAUUUCUUUGAUGACCUAGUAAUGGAAGGGUAUAGAGUUGCAGUGGCCAUGCCCAAUCUUGAUGAACUUCUAAAAGAUACUCCGACUCGCAUCUUUUCAUCUGUGUGGUAUCAGUGGAGAAAGACAAAGCAUUAUCCUGUUCACUAUAGUGAGCUAAUCCGUCUUGCUGCUCUCUAUAAGUAUGGUGGCAUAUACCUUGAUUCAGAUAUCAUAGUUUUAAACCCGAUUGAUUCAGUGAAGAAUUUUAUUUCGAUUGAGGAUAAUUUAUCCGGAAAUCCAGCCUUUAAUGGUGCAGUGAUGGCAUUUGAAAAGAACAGUUCUUUGAUGCUGGAGUGCUUAAACGAAUUUUAUUCAACAUAUGAUGAUGCCCUUCUACGGUGGAAUGGGGCAGAUCUCAUGACAAGAGUGAUAAACAGGAUAUCUGACAGAAGUAACAAGUCGCCAUUACAGCAUGAGAUAAAUGUAAAACCUCAAUUUGCAAUUCAUCCCGUCAGUUCUUCAGAUAUUACAAGGUACUUUGCAGAGCCAGUUGAUGAAUUUGAAAAGGCUGAACAAGAUAAUCUGUUCAAAAGGAUGGUGAACGAGUCGUUAACAUUUCACUUCUGGAAUGCCCUUACAUCGGCGCUGGUUCCAGAACCCAACAGUCUCGUUGAGAGACUUCUGAAUCAGUACUGUCUCCAUUGCCUCGACGUGUUAUGAUCUGACAAAAAUCUAGUUUUACAAAGACAUUACUCCCGAUUGAAGCUUUAGCAGACUUACUGUCAUGCUAUGCUUGAAUUAUGGACAUCUUAGAGCUUUCAUUAGCGAUACCGAAGCCAAAAACCUGUCUUGUAGCUGAAAUCAAGAUAGAAGUUAUAACACAAUAUAAGAUCACGGUAGCCAAAAAUAUAGCCUUUUGAGCAUUAGCGAAACAGAAUUUUUCUCAGGGUAACAUGCAUCAAUCACAUCCAUUUGAGGAAGUUUAGAUAUAAUUGUUUAAACGUGAUAGAUCUAUUUUGGUGAUAAUUUUCUUAAAAACCAUGCUGCCUCUGUAAGCCAUGUAUUUCUUGGUUUGUAAUUUUUGUAUGUGAAUGUUCAAUUCAACAACAAAAUUUAUGUUUUUGUAA